GCGCGUCCCCCAGCGGGAACCAGUAUGGAACAUCCCCCCGGGGACAGCGACUGGCUGGUGCGGCCCGGCGCCACCCUGCGCCGGCUGAUGGGUCUCUGGCGGCCUCGAGGCCGGGCCGCCAGCCUCCUCAACCGACUGCUAGCCGGCAUGACGCUCUCGUGCAUCGCCUUCCUGGUGCUGUGUGUGGCUCUCAAGCUGAUUGCGGACCCUCCGCAAGAGCUGGAGCAGAUCGCACUGUGCAGCCUUGUUGCUACUAUCGGCGUUGGAUUUUUCGUCAAGGCGGCGCUCUUCAUGGCUCAGGGCGGCACGCUGCGUCACACGGUGGGGCUGCUGGCAGACGCCAGGCUUCACUUCAGCCGUGGAGACAACGAACUGACGCGGCGCCGGUACCUCAAGCUGUCAAACAACGUCCACUUUUACGGCCAGAUGGUGGCAGUGCCGGCGAUGAUCGGCUGGGUCGUGUGUCCGCUGCUGUCCCGCAGCGUCGCGAAGGCCGACCAGGGUCUGCAGGAGGCUCAGAGGCAGCUCCCGGCGCCGGUGUGGCUGCCGGUCGACGCCUACGCGUCGCCCACCUACGAGAUCCUGUACGUCGCCCAGUCCUUCUGUGUCCUCGUCACAGCUGAGUCGUGCGUCAGUAUAAACCUCUUCUUUGUCCACAUGAUGCUCAUGGUUGCAGCUGAACUGGAAGUUCUGAAUGACAACCUUUCUGCCUUGGAAAAUAUUAACUUGAAAACACGAAGAACAGAGAGAGAGGGACUUAUUUCUAGAUAUAAAAUAAAUGGCAGAGGAUUGGCAUUACUUAACGGUGGGCAGUGUCUUGAUGAACACGCGCUGACAGAGAACGCUGCACAUGAGUGGCUUCAUCGACAACUGGUGAAGAACGUGAUACACCAUCAGGCAAUCAUAAGAUCUGUGGCCCUUUUGCAGUCAGCAAUGAAUGUGUCUAUAUUCAUUCUCUUAUUCAUCAACAUGGCAAACCUGUGCUCCAGUUUGUUCGUCGCUGCCGUGCUGUUGCAGAGAGAUGGAAACAUAGGAAAAGCCAUAAAUGCGCUUUUCUCAAUACCUGGUCUUCUGUACGAAACUACAAUUUACUGCAUAUUUGCCCACAUUAUGUCCGAUCAGAGCGAGAGGCUGAUGUACUCCGCCUUCUGCUGCGGCUGGGUCAACAACGACGCUCGCUUCAAACGCAGCCUGGGCAUCUUCAUGAUGAUGACUGUGCGACCGAUCGCGAUCACGGUGGGCAAGACGUGCACGCUGUCCAAGCAGAUGCUGCUGCAGGUCUUGAACGGAACGUACGGCUUAUUGAACAUGCUCUACUACAUGCAUAGAAGCAAAUGAAACGUCACCGAAG